AUGUCGUAUAAACGUACUUGCACGAACCCAGCACCAGCCUACGAGGGAGCUUACUGUUCCGGUUCAGACACUAAAUCAGAGUCUUGUAACACUCACAAUUGUCCAGUUAAUGGGGGAUGGGGCGGUUGGAGUUCGUCAUCUAGUUGCUCUGCUACCUGCGGUGGUGGAUCCAUGUCGUAUAAACGUACUUGCACGAACCCAGCACCAGCCUACGAGGGAGCUUACUGUUCCGGUUCAGACACUAAAUCAGAGUCUUGUAACACUCACAAUUGUCCAGUAAAUGGUGGUUGGAGCGGUUGGAGUGUAUCUGUCGAUUGUACUGCUUCAUGCGGUGGUGGAACAAUAUCAUAUAAGCGUACUUGCAACAACCCAGCACCAGCCUACGAGGGAGCUUACUGUUCCGGUUCUGACACUAAAUCAGAGUCUUGUAACACUCACCAUUGUCCAGUUAAUGGUGGUUGGAGUGGUUGGAGUACGUCAUCUAGUUGUACUGCUACCUGUGGUAGUGGAUCAAUAGCAUAUACACGUACCUGCACCAACCCAGCACCAGCCUACGAGGGAGCUUACUGUUCCGGUUCUGACACUAAAUCAGAGUCUUGUAACACUCACAAUUGUCCAGUUAAUGGUGGAUGGAGCGAUUGGACUGCGUCCAGUUGUACUGCUGCCUGUGGUGGUGGAACAAUGUCAUAUUCACGUACUUGCAACAAUCCAGCACCGGCCCACGAAGGGGACGAUUGUUCCGGUUCGAUCACUAAAUCAGAGUCAUGUAAUACUCAGAGUUGUCCAGUAAAUGGUGGAUGGAGUGAUUGGACAUCAUGGACUGCAUGUUCGCUCGAUUGUGGUGGUGGAACACGAAGAAAGACACGAACAUGUACACAACCAGCGCCAGCGCAUGAUGGAUUGGAAUGUAGUGGUGACAGCUCAGCUUCGCAGUCCUGCAAUACUCAUUUCUGUCCAAUAAACGGUAGAUGGUCUGAUUGGUCACCUUGGGACACGUGCUCUGUGACAUGUGGUGUAGGAAGACAAACAAAGACAAGAUCAUGCACCAAUCCAGCUCCAGAUCAUGGCGGGGAGGAUUGUGGUAAUGAUGACUCAGCAACACAAGCUUGUACUAAACAGGAAUGUCCAUUAAACGGUAGAUGGUCUGAUUGGUCACCUUGGGACACGUGCUCUGUGACAUGUGGUGUAGGAAGACAAACAAAGAUAAGAUCAUGCUCCAAUCCAGCUCCAGAUCAUGGCGGGGAGGAUUGUGGUAAUGAUGACUCAGCAACACAAACUUGUACUAAACAGGAAUGUCCGAUAAAUGGUAGAUGGUCUGAUUGGUCACCUUGGGACACGUGCUCUGUGACAUGUGGUGUAGGAAGACAAACAAAGACAAGAUCAUGCUCCAAUCCAGCUCCAGAUCAUGGCGGGGAGGAUUGUGGUAAUGAUGACUCAGUAACACAAGCUUGUACUAAACAGGAAUGUCCAAUUGAUGAAUGUGAUGGAAUAACUUGCAAAAAUGGUGGUAGUUGCAUAACUGGUAUCUGUCUAUGUCCGUCGUCAUAUACAGGCGAAGUUUGUGAGUUGGAAGUUAUAAAUGGGGAAUGGAGCGACUGGUUAAUGUCUAUUACGUGUAGUAGAGAAUGCGGAGGUGGCAUUGUUACAUAUGACAGAACUUGUACGAAUCCUGCUCCGACCAAUGGUGGUGCUCAUUGUACUGGGAUCAGAACAAAAGAAGAACCUUGUAACAUGCACGAUUGUCCAGCUCGAACUACUACAAUUAAAAUAUUAAUGUCCACAACAACCAAUCGAAUGCAACCAUCGAGUACCCGUGAUCACUAUGAAGAUCCUACAGGAAUGCAUGCCUCAACAACUAAUGGAUUGUCGCCCACACUUACUUCAAGAGAUACAUAUGUACGUUCCACUGUACCAUCCUUAGGAAUAUCGGAACAUUCGACAACAAAGGAUUCCCAUUUCGAAAAGACAGGACCAACUCGUGAUAUGUCGGAUCAAUCGACAACUAGGGAUCCCCAUUUCAAUCAAACAGGGCCAACCCAUGGUAUGUCGAAACAAUCGACUACUAGGGAUCCCAAUUUUAAUCAGACAGGACCAACUCUAGGUAUGACUGAACAAUCAACUACUAGGGAACCCCAUUUUAAUCAAACAGGACCAUUUCGUGAUAUGUCGGAACAAUCAACUACUAGGGAUCCCCAUUUCAACCAGACAGGACCACCUCGUGAUAUGUCGGGACAAUCGACUACUAGGGAUCCCCAUUUCAAUCAGACAGGAUUAACUCAUGGUAUGUCUAAUCAAUCGACUACUAGGGAUCCCCAUUUCAAUCAAACAGGACCAACCCAUGGUAUGUCGAAACAAUCGACUACUAGGGAUCCCCACUUUAAUCAGACAGGACCAACUCGUGGUAUGUCGGAACAAUCGACUACCAGAGAUCCGUUUAUAGAUCUAACAGGUCAAUCCCUCGGAAUGUCAAAACAUUCGACCACAAGAAAUUCCCAUUUCGACCAGACAGGACCAACUCGGGGAAUAACGGAACAAUCAUCCACCAGGGAUCCUUAUUUCAAUCGGACAGGACUACCUCGUGAUAUGUCGGAACAAUCAACUACUAGGGAUCCCCAUUUCAAUCAGACAGGACCCACUCAUGGUAUGUCGAAUCAAUCGACUACUAGGGAUCCCCAUUUCAAUCAGACAGGACCAACUCAUGUUAUGUCGAAUCAAUCGACUACUAGGGAUCCCCAUUUAAAUCAGACAGGACCAACUCAUGGUAUGUCGAAACAAUCGACAACUAGGGAUCCCCACUUUAAUCAGACAGGACCAACUCGUGGCAUGUCGGAACAAUCGACUACCAGAGAUCCGUAUAUAGAUCUAACAGGUCAAUCUCUCGGAAUGUCUAAACAUUCGACCACAAGAAAUUCCCAUGUCGAUCAGACAGGACCAACUCGAGGAAUAUCGGAACAAUCAACCACCAGGGGUCCUAAUUUCAAUCAGACAGGACCAACUCGAGGAAUAUCGGAACAAUCAACCACCAGGGAUCCCCAUUUCAAUCAGACAGGAACAAGUCGAGGAAUAUCGGAACAAUCAACCAGCAGGGAUCCCCAUUUCAAUCAGACAGGACCAUCUCGGGGAGUAACUGAACAAUCGACUACUAGGAACCCACGUUUCAAUCAGACAGGACCAACUCGUGGAAUGUCAGAAACAUCAACCACCAGAGGUCCUCAUUCAGAUCAUACUGAAUCAACUCGAGGAAUGUCAGCAACAUCGACCACCAGAGGUCCUCAUUCAGAUUCUUCGGGACCAACUCGAGGAAUGUCAGUAACAUCGACCGACAGAGGUCCUCAUUCAGAUCCUAUGGGACCAACUCAAGGAAUGUCAGCAUCAUCGACCGCCAGAGGUCCUCAUUCAGAUUCUUCGGGACCAACUCGAGGAAUGUUGGCAUCAUCGACCGCCAGAGGUCCUUAUUCAGAUCCUACGGAGCCAACUCGAGAAAUGUCAGCAUCAUCGACCGCCAGAGGUCCUCAUUCAGAUCCUACGGGACCAACUCGAGGAAUGUCAGAAACGUCGACCACCAGAAAUCCUCGUUCAGAUCCUACGGGACCAACUCGAGGAAUGUCAGCAUCAUCCACCGCCAGAGCUCCUCAUUCAGAUCCUACGGGACCAACUCGAGGAAUGUCAGCAUCAUCGACCGCCAGAGGUCCUCAUACAGAUCCUACAGGACCUACUCGAGGAAUGUCAGCAUCAUCGACCUGGGAUCAACAUUCUAAUACGACAAGCUCAACAGAAGGAACAGGUUCAACAACAAACAAUGGAAUUUCUACAACGACAACGAUUGCAACAGCUGAAGUACAACUAGAACCUGAUUUUAACAGCGACUGUAUGAUUCUGCUUGGAAAUUGGAAAUUGGUUGCAAUGUUGUCGACACUAUUGGCCGUGCUUAUAAUAUAAAACAGUUACAGAAUAAAACAAUUAUUAUCAUAUUUCUAUCUUA